AUGCACAAUGGCGUCGACCCGCAGACGGGGGUCGAUGCACUGUGUCUAGACCUGACCCGCCUGUUCUAUUUGGACUCCCGCAACAACAUCGCGCUGGCGGACAGCCCAGACUGCGACGUGCCUGCAGAAGCCGCGCCGUCCGCCGCGACCGAAAACGCUGACGACGCGGCGGCACCCAGCACUGCCACAGCAGCGGCUGCUGCUCCCGUAAGCAGCAGCGCCUCGAGCGCAGCGGCCGGCGCCGGCGCAGGCCGCCCUGGAUCCAACCGCAGCGGCAGCGGCGUAAGCGUCGUAAUUGGCGGUCCCGCGCAGCCUGGGCCGGGACCCCUGCACAGCCUGGCGCACAGCCACGACAUGGGCGCCGCCGCCGCCACUGCGAGCCCCAUGCCGAUGAGCGAUAUGCGCGAGCCAAGUCCCAUCACGUCCGACGACGGACAGCCCGCAAUGCCGCUGCUCGCGCCCAGCUCUGCGGCCGUGCCCGCGUCCCUGGCGCCCUUCGCGCCAGACUACACCGAUCCGCAGAUCCAGCUGCUCAUGGACCAGGUGCUCACGCUGGACCGUCAGGUCGCAGACCUUUACGCCCGCAUCGACGACCUCGCUCGCAGCAUGGACGAGCGCCUAGGCCCGCGCACCUCGCUGCCGGCACACGACCCUGAGGGGCCCAAGCCCGCCGCGCCAGGCCCUUCUCACCCGGCCGCGCCGGCGCCGGCGCCGCCGCGGCGCCCCCCACGUGACGACCCCGUCGCACGUGCCUUCUUCGCGCAGUCGCCGCCGCUGGCGCCGCUGGCGCCGCUUGCGUCUGUGCCCCUGUCUCACACCAGUCCGAACCCGGCCUCGCACCCGCACGCGCACCCGCACGCGCACCCGCACGCACUGCCACCGGCGUUCCGGCCCGCGUUCCCGCCUCCAAUGCCCGACUCGGCACCCGAAACCCCGCCCCCGCAGGGUCCGUAUCGUCCGCUCGGUCAGCCAGACGCGCGGUCCAGCUCACGUGGGCGCGGCCGGAGCUCUCGCUGA